GCUUGCAUUUUCCGAAGUUCUGUGAGCUUUAAGGAUGCUUUCCAAAGGUCCUUCAAAAACCUUGGCUGGGAGAUAUACAUGUUGUUUGACCAGAAGGCUUUUAGAAUGGCCUAAAAUAGCCAAAAGGAGAAGUGGGAUUUCUGUGUAAUAGCAGUGAUCCCGGUAGUACUGGGGGCUUUUGGAAGGAUAAACUGCAAUCAGGAUCAAAGAGCACACAUGAAUUCGUCUCCUUUGUGCGACUGCCUCUUUGUAUUAAAGUAGGAUACUGUAACUGUGCAGGUGCUGUGCCAUGUGCAUGACUAGCUGCAUGUGUCGGUGGCAAUUAGAAACACUUCUGCUGCAGCAAUAAGGAGAGAGGAGUGUGUUGGACUGGAUUGGAGUCAUUCAAAUCAUAACAAAAAAAGUCUUGUGUUGUUCAAACCUAGCUGCAGACUGCAGUUGCUGCAGCAGAAGUAUUGGAAAAUGCUGAAGUUAAAGGCCUUCUGCUUGGAUUACUGGCAGUUUUUAUGUCUCCAGCCUCUUCACGGUUUCUAUAAAAGUGUUGAGGGGGAAGCUCCAAGCAGUGAAACUGGCACGUCUUUGGACAGCCCAUCAGCUUACCACCAAGGACCUAUAACACACAGCUCAGCUCUGAGUCCAGACCAUUACGACCACUCUGCCUAUGGGCUGUACUCUGUCUCCCCUGGACAAAGAUCUCGGCGGCCAAAGCUUCAGCACUCAACAUCCAUACUGCGAAAACAAGCAGAGGAAGAGGCUAUUAAAAGGUCAAGAUCACUUUCUGAGAGCUAUGAACUCUCUUCAGACCUACAAGAUAAGCAGGUGGAAAUGCUAGAACGGAAGUAUGGAGGCCGUCUCAUAACCCGACAUGCUGCCCGCACCAUACAGACGGCUUUUCGCCAGUAUCAGAUGAACAAGAAUUUUGAGCGCCUGAGAAGUUCUAUGUCCGAAAAUCGUAUGUCAAGACGCAUUGUACUGUCCAAUAUGAGAAUGCAGUUUUCCUUUGAAGGGCCUGAGAAAGUCCACAGCUCUUACUUUGAAGGAAAACAAGUUUCUGUUACAAACGAUGGGUCAAAGCUGGGAUCCCUGGGGCCGUCUGAAUGUGGUGACCUUGGAGAGUCAGCUACAAUGAAGUCUCCAGCAGCAUCCACUGAUUUUGCUGAUGCUAUCACGGAACUGGAGGAUGCUUUUUCCAGGCAGGUGAAAUCCCUGGCAGAGUCCAUUGAUGAUGCCCUGAACUGCCGUAGUCUCCACUCUGAUGAAGUCCAGACUCCGGAUCAAGUCAGAAGUCGUGAAAUGGAAAGGGACAGUUGUGCUCCAACAAAACCAGCCCUUCACAAUGUGGAUCACAGGAAGCUCGAUGAGAUGACAGCAUCGUACAGUGAUGUUACGUUAUAUAUUGAUGAGGAAGAGUUAUCUCCACCCCUUCCACAUUCCCAGUCAGUAGACAGACCGUCCAGCACAGAAUCUGAUAUGAGGCUCCGGUCUGUGAACUCUUCCCAAGAGUACUGGUCCAUGACCCACAAAGAUGAUAAGAUAGACACUGAUACGAGCUGCAGGAGUACCCCCUCCCUGGAAUGUCAGGAACAGAGGAUGAGAAUGGAUCAUCUGCCACUGCUAACUAUAGAGCCACCCAGUGACAGUUCAGUGGACUUGAGUGAUCGCUCAGACAGAGGUUCAUUAAAGAGACAAAAUGCCUAUGACCGAGGGCUCCCUAGUCAACAAGGAAGCCCAAAACACAUCCCUCACAGUAUUCCUGCCAAGAUGAUACCCCGAGAGGAGCAGGAGGCAAGGCAUAGGGGUAGGCCUAUAGAUAGUCAUUUGGCUAUCAAUGGCACAGCAAACAGGCAAAGCAAAUCAGAGUCUGAUUAUUCUGAUGGAGACAACGACAGCAUCAACAGCACUUCCAACUCCAAUGACACAAUAAAUUGCAGCUCAGAAUCGUCUUCUAGAGACAGCCUAAGGGAGCAAACCUUGAGCAAACAAACCUACCACAAAGAAACUCGCAACAGCUGGGAUUCCCCUGCCUUCAGUAACGAUGUUAUCAGGAAACGCCAUUAUAGGAUUGGGCUGAAUCUUUUUAACAAAAAACCUGAAAAAGGAGUCCAGUACCUAAUUGAGCGAGGUUUUGUGCCAGAUACUCCAGUUGGUGUUGCCCACUUUCUCCUGCAAAGGAAAGGUCUCAGCAGGCAGAUGAUUGGAGAAUUUUUGGGAAAUCGGCAAAAACAGUUCAACCGGGAUGUGUUAGACUGUGUUGUGGAUGAGAUGGACUUCUCAACCAUGGAACUGGAUGAAGCACUCAGGAAAUUUCAGGCUCAUAUCCGUGUUCAAGGAGAAGCCCAGAAAGUAGAACGGCUGAUUGAAGCUUUUAGCCAACGAUACUGUAUCUGCAAUCCUGGCGUUGUGAGACAAUUUAGAAAUCCUGAUACCAUCUUCAUCCUAGCUUUUGCCAUCAUCCUGUUAAACACAGAUAUGUACAGCCCAAAUGUGAAACCAGAACGCAAAAUGAAGCUAGAAGAUUUCAUCAAGAACCUGAGGGGUGUGGAUGACGGUGAGGAUAUCCCACGAGAAAUGCUGAUCGGGAUUUACGAGCGCAUCCGCAAACGGGAACUGAAAACCAACGAGGAUCACGUGUCCCAAGUCCAGAAGGUGGAAAAACUCAUAGUAGGAAAGAAGCCGAUUGGAUCUCUGCACCAUGGACUUGGUUGUGUCCUCUCUCUCCCCCACCGGAGGCUCGUGUGCUACUGCAGGCUGUUUGAAGUUCCAGACCCAAACAAACCUCAGAAGCUUGGGUUGCACCAGCGAGAAAUAUUUCUAUUUAAUGAUCUUCUUGUGGUGACCAAGAUUUUUCAGAAGAAGAAGAACUCGGUUACGUACAGUUUCCGACAGUCGUUUUCCCUCUAUGGAAUGCAAGUUCUUCUGUUUGAGAACCAGUAUUAUCCCAAUGGCAUUCGGCUCACGUCAGCUGUUCCAGGAGCAGAUAUCAAAGUACUAAUAAAUUUCAAUGCACCAAAUCCUCAGGACAGGAAGAAGUUUACAGAUGAUCUGAGGGAGUCAAUUGCAGAGGUUCAAGAAAUGGAAAAGCACAGAAUAGAGUGUAAGUACAAAGCUGAGCUAGAAAAACAGAAGGGUGUGGUGCGUCCAAGCAUGUCUCAGUGCUCCAGCCUGAAAAAAGAUUCUGGGAAUGGGACACUGAGCAGGGCUUGCCUGGAUGACAGCUAUGCCACUGGGGAGGGGCUGAAGAGGAGUGCUCUGAGCAGCUCCCUGCGGGACCUGUCUGAAGCAGGCAAGCGUGGGCGCCGCAGCAGUGCAGGAUCGCUAGACAGCAAUAUGGAAGGGUCCAUCAUUAGCAGUCCUCACAUGCGCCGAAGAGCUACAUCAACCCGAGAGUGUCCAUCUCGCCCUCACCAGACUAUGCCUAACUCCUCCUCACUCCUAGGUUCCUUAUUUGGUAGUAAAAGGGGAAAGCCACCUUCCCAAGGCCAUCCACCAUCUGGCUCAUCACCGCAGCCUCCGCACCCUCCAGCAGCCCCACAUCAGCAGCACCCCCAGCACCCUCCUGCCGCGCACCACGCGGCGCCGCCCGAGGGGCAGCCGCACCCUCACCACUCGCAGUACUGCCACAUGCAGCAGAACCCCCCUCCCUACCACCACCACCACCACUACCACCCUCCCCAGCACCUCCAGCACCCGCACCAGUACCACCAACACCUGCCCCACUCCCACUCCCAGCACCCCCCGUACCUGCCGCACGCCCACCCCCCGCACCCGCACCCCGGGCACCCCCCGCACCCCCCGCACCACCACGGGCCUCCGCCGCCUCCCUCCACAUCAGCCAGCACCAAACCCAAACACAGUGGCAUCAGCACCAUAGUCUAGAGCAGCCUGGCCCUCCUGGUAGCCAGAGCCUGAGUCACAGCUCCGAGGCACUUGCAGGAAGCAACAAACAGUAUUGUCAGUUUUUACCUAGACAGACAAUUAAUUGAGUUGUGUGAGCUUUCAAGGCUUGCUGUUACUAAAUAAAAUAAUUCAAGUUAGUGCAAUCAAUACUUGUUUUACUUAUCUACUCCACAGAUGCUUUGCCAUCCGGUUAGUUCUGAUUUCCAAACUGCCUUGAAAACAUGCUGCUCGCUGCCCAGGAGUAAAGCUACCUUUUACACCAAAUCCCUUGACAAUUUUAAAUGCAUAAUAAAAUCCUAGUCUAUGAAAACAAGGAGGGGGAAAAAAAAAAAGUGAUACAGAACCAAGUGUUGCAUUCUUGCUCUUUUAUUGUCAAUGGGCAAAAAAAAUAAGUAGACCUGAUAUGGUUGAUGAAAGUACGUAAGUAAACUUUAUAUAAUAUAAAUAUAUACAUAUAAAUAUAUAUAUAUAUAAACUGUAUAGUUAACAUUUGUGCUUGGAAAGAAAUUUUUUCAGUCCACCAAACUAGCAAUAUAGACUUUACAAGGAAUUCCACUUACUUGAUAGGACAGUAUAAUAGAUGACUAGUAUAUGAAAGAGUAGACCAAAAACAUGAACCGUUAGAAACAAAUUUCCGACAUUUCGGUAUUUUCAUGGAAAGUCCUCUGGACUUGCUAAGAUUUCUAAGCAAUCAUUACUAAAUGUGCCAAGUAACAUAGCAUUAAAUGUUGUAGUCAAAUACUGCUUUGUAUAAAUCCUUAUUUUAUUAACACAAUACUAUCAUACGUAAUCAGUAUUAUAACUGCUCUGCUAUUUCAGGUAAGCAAAACUCGUUAAGAUGCAGUAAUUAUGCCGUAGCGAUGUAGGAUGGCCAGUCACCAGUGGGCAUCUUCAAGCAUUGGUCACACAGAUGCUUAGACACUUUAAAGGCUGUGAUAACUGUGAAUUUACACGACCCACAUUUCUUUUUGUGUGCGUAGGAUGUCACAGGGCCAGGUGAAGAGUGAGGGCAGGUGCGUGGACACGCUGCAGAAACAUUCAUCUCAGACAUCAAAGUGGCCAAUUUCCAUCUCUCUCAGCUACUUUGUUUCCCGUUUACCAUAACCUCUCAUUUUUACCCCCAGCGAAGCUGAAUUCUAGUCAGGGUGUUUCCAGGUGGAAGUGCUCUAAAACUUGAGGGUUUGUUUUAGAAUUUAGUAUAGUUUUAUAUAUAUAUAUAUAUCUCUCUAUAAAAAAUUGUAAUUCCAUGUAGCCAUGUGCUAGCAACAAAAGUGGCUUCACCAUUUUUACUCAUCACAUUUGUUAGUUUGAAAGUACUCCAGCACUCAGCAGGCUGAGUUUACACUCAAACCCUCACUUUCAUAGUCCAGUUAGUUGCAAGACAUCACAUAAAAACAGGCUGUGCUGUUGUUGCUUACGUGUUGUAAAUCAAACCAUUUGCAAGUUUAUAUACAGUUUUUAUCCCGAAAUCCUGUACAAAGUCACACAUGGCGCCUACUUUGUAGUUUCAGCAUUUUGAGCCACUGCAAGGACUUUACACCUAAACAGUAGAGACAAAGGAAUCACAGCUGCAAAACUGUACCAGCCUAAAAGCAAACCUUGAAGAGGAAGAGCAAAACGUUCCAGUGUGAGAUGGGUAAAAGUCAUAAUAUUAAUAAUAACAACCACCAGUCAAUUUUCUAUUUAACAGUAGUAAAACUGCCAGGAAUAAAAUGGGGACGUGAGACCAAGAGAGGGAUUUUUCCUGUUGGCUUGCUCCUGGCAUCUCUAAUGUUUGGGGGGAGGGGGGAGAGGUUGAGUGUUUUUUUUCCCUUUCAUGCCAUUGAGAUCACGAUACCAGCAGAACUGCAAACUGAGCACUUUGUUAACCUCCACAGAGAGCAAAUACAGCAAUCUAGAGUUUAGCCUUUUGUUUAAAGCUGUCCACGUUUGUUUCCCACAUGUGCAAUAUGUUUUCCCCUUCUACUCCUUCUCCUCUAAAUUAUCUUCAUGAAAAGAAAUGGAGUAAUUACAUUGUUAUUAUUUUGAAGUAUCACUCAUACUAUUCCAAAUUCUUACCCCAAGAGGGCUCUUAAGGGUCCCCCGAGGCUCUGUUCCUUGCAGUUUAAAAAAAAAUAUAUACUGUUCUUAUAAGGGAAAGUAGAACUGUCUGCAUGUCAUCUAAUGUUAUUAGUGUGAGGCUACACUCUACAUAUUGUAUAUUUGCAAAAUAUAUCAGUGUUACUGUUGAUAUUAGUUGAAGUAAAGUGAUAACAUAUUUCAAUAUGUAGGCUUUUCUUCAUACAUCUGUACCAAUAGUAGAGUCUAACUGUAAUUUAUAGGUUGUUCCAGAAAAGAUAAAAGAACCAUUCAAGUGCAAACAUCUUUCAGAAACUGCAUCUUUUAAUUAAAACAGAGGUAAGAACUCUCCUCUUCACUGAGUGAUGGAGUCUGUGCUUGUUUCAGAUGCAGUUAUAGUGAUGUAAGCAAAAUGGCUUGUGUAUGGAAUAUAUGCAGAGUAUGUGGUAGCAGUGGAGAGGAAAAUCUGACUCUAGAUGUGUCAAUUAACAAUGAAGGUGGUAAAUCCCCCGGAUCUGCAUUUGCUUUAUGUUUUAAAACCCCUUUUCAUUCAUUUAAAUUAGAGUUGAUAGAAAUAUCCUAAACUUACCCAGUAAGCCACGUUUUAAUGCUCAACCACUGAUUUUCCCAUGUGCAGUCAGUUACAUAUUGAGGAGAUGUCACAAACGUGUGUCCAAAAAUCCACUCACAGGUGAUUGCAUGUGGGGCAGGAGCUGGUGCCUGCCCUCUGGGUGCAUUCAAGUGCAUGUGUAAAGUCACAGAUCACUUUGAGGCUGGUUUAGAAAACUGGUCAUAUAAGAGCACAGUAUUUGUAAACUCGAUCCUUUUCAGACAAUGAGGAGAAACAGUGGGCUUGAUUUUUUUUCCCCUUUUUUUAAUUAUUUUUUUUAUUUAGACUGUGUGUUUGUAUGUACUACCACCAACCAAAUGUGUCUUGGUGUCAGCAUAAGUCUUAAGAACUUGGCUGCGUGUUUAGGGUUCUAUUAUAACCUCUCUGACUCCAUCCUUGAUUAGCACUUGCUUAGAGCAGUGUGGGUCAUGCCUAGAACAGGAGGGUGACAGUACUUGAACACUGCGUGUGGUUAAGAAAAUGAAUUCUUUCAGCCUGCAGGCAGGAGUAGAAUUGAGAGGGUUUUUCUCAAAUGCCCAUUAAAAACUGGUACAGAGCUGCACGGAGUGACCAUGUUUCUCGUUUCCCGUAAGUGAUGUGGCCAAGGAAUAAUGCUGAUUUGAAAAAAAAAAAUAAAAAAUGGAAGGGAAAUUUAAAGAACGGAGGUGUGGCAACAGAAAUCUUUUCUGGGACAACAAUCAAAUAUAUAUUGGGGGGUUUUAUUUUUUUAAGUUAAGAAUGAAAUGUAAAACAAUGUAAAAACAGAAAACAAAGUUCAUCCUAAUAUAACGUGCGUCUUGUAUUGCUGAAAAGAACAAGUCUAACAUACAGUGUAGAAUGAUUUUCCCAUCAUGUACUGCAUGCAGCAGAAGCCUCUUGUUUCUUGAUAAAAUGAGCUGAAAGACAGUCAGCAGAUAUUUAAACAAUGAAUCUCUAGAUGUUGACUUGCUGUUCCAUAUGAAGCUGUGUGUUUUCUGCAGCUGAGCAUGCAUUUUGCUGUUCCCUUGUAAAAUACCAUCGCACUUCUUGCCUGCAAAGUGGAUUCUUGUGUAUAUACUUAAAGGAAAAGUGGAACCAAGAGCAAGAUUAAAUUUGGACAAGAGAAAAGGGGGUGUUGAAAAUGGGACCAGUAGGGGGGCUAGAUAUUUCUCUAAAUUGUACAUAGUAUGUAAAUUAGUAUUACUAUAAGUCUGCAGUCACUUUGAGGUUGCCUAUCUCCUGCUAGGAACUUUAAAUCAGCUUUGAGUUGUAUUAAACUGUUAGAAUUAGGUCUUGAAUGCAGACUGUUAAAGACUUCCAAAAAACCAUUAUGCUUACAAGAAGCUUCUGUUCUGGGGAGGCUUGAGACCCCUUUUGUAACUACGGGGAAGAAAGGAGUGCUUUCAUUUUAAUAUGCAUUCUGUUUGUAAGUAGUAACAAACCCUAUUGAUGUAAAACUAUAACUGUGAUCAUGUGGAGAAAUCAAAUAAAUCAUUUAAAGCUC